UUUCAGAUUUACAAAACGCACGUGUUUGUUUCUGUUGUUUAGCGGUUAUAAAAAGCUUUUUCUCAGUAAAUGCGUGCUAAAUAACAAAAUGAAUUCUAAAAAAGUGCCUAAAAAUCCUUCGCUGGCGUAUACCAGCAAUCCCAACUACAGUAAACCCCCAAAAACGGCCAAUCCGUUCUUACAAUGUCUAGGAGCGCCUCAUAUAGACUCGUUCAACUUCAUGCUUCAAGAUGGCCUAAAAGCGGCCAUAGCGGACUUAUUACCAGUCGAAUUCGAAGCCCCGACGGGCGAAAAGAUCAAAAUAGCUAUAGAGGAAGCUGCGUUCUCCAAACCUAGUGUUCCUUUGGAAGCUGUGGGUGUAAGAAAUCAGAGUAUAUUGCCAACGGAGUGCAGACAACGCGCGUCUACCUAUAAGGGUGAUUUCAAAGUUAGAAUCAAAAUGACUGUCGAUGGACGGUCUACUACUGUGGACAGAUCUUUGGGACAACUGCCAAUCAUGUUAAAGUCUAAAAUGUGCCACUUAGCCGAAAUGAGCCCAGAAGAGCUGGUGAAACACAAUGAGCAUGCAGACGAAUGGGGCGGAUACUUCAUUGUGAAGGGUCACGAACGUCUUGCCCGUAUGCUGUUAGCGACCAGACGGAACUAUCCGGUCGCAAUCAAGAGACCAACUUGGAAGAUGAGGGGCAACCUGUUCUCAGAAUACGGAAUAUUAGUCCGUUGUGUCACUUUUGACCAGACCAGCACUAACAACGUCUUACACUUCAUUCAAAACGGUACAUGCAAGCUGAUGUUCUCCCACCACAAAGUGAUGUACUAUGCUCCGCUGGUGCUGAUACUCAAGUGUUUGGUGGACUGGCCCGACCAUUACAUAUACAGGCUGCUACUGCAUGGGAAGAAGAACGACCUGUACUACACAAACUGCAUACAAAACAUGCUUCGCGAGCUGCACGAGGAAGGCUUGCAUUCUUCGGAGGACUGCCGCCUCUACCUCGGCCGGAUGUUCAGGCAGAGGCUGUACGAACUUUCGGACAGUGCUACAGAUGAGGAGGCAGCCGACUUCCUCAUCAGCCGCUGCAUCCUCAUCCACCUACCAGGUCCCAAGGACAAGUUCCACGCACUGGUCUUCAUGCUACAGAAGCUGUUUGACCUCGUCCAGAACAAAUGCAAGGUGGAAGGCGCCGACGCAGUGAUGGUCCAAGAGCUGCUCCUCGGAGGACACCUGUACCUCCAAGUUUUAAAAGAACGAAUGCAGAGCCUACUGUCUAUUAUGCGGAUGCAGAUCAAUAAGAAGGCCAAAAUGUCAGGGAAACUGAAGCUGAAUGUGAACGACAUCGGUGCGCUCAUAAAAUCGUCAGGCAACUUGGAACAGAAGAUGGAAACCUUCUUAGCGACCGGCAAUGCGCCUUCCAACAACGUCAACCUGACCCAGUAUAAAGGACUCACCAUCGUCGCUGAGAACAUUAAUCGUAUGCGAUACAUGUCACAUUUCAAAGCGAUCCAUCGAGGUUCCUUCUUCAUGGAGAUGCGGACGACGGACGCGCGCCAGCUGCUGCCCGACGCGUGGGGCUUCGUGUGUCCCGUGCACACGCCCGACGGCGCGCCCUGCGGCCUGCUCAACCACCUCACCAUGCAGGCGCAGGUAACCCCGGCUCCAGAUGCAGCUCAAGUGGCAGCACUGCCGUAUGUCCUCGAAAAAUGUGGCAUGGAGCCCAUAAGCUCGAUAGCCCAGACGCCCCUAUCGCACGACGUGUACAAAUACCCGGUGUUCCUGGACGGCCGCCUGCUAGGUUACCUGAGCGAGGAUACCGUGGAUAAGUCCGCCGCGUACCUCAGAACGUUAAAAGUGAAGGGAGAGGAAGUGCCUAUGACCACUGAGAUCGUUGUUAUACCGAAGAAGCAGAUCUGCGCUCAAUACGCGGGCGUGUUCCUAUUCACGACAGAGGCACGUCUGAUGCGGCCGGUCAUCAACCUGGCCACCGGACAGCUGGAGCUGAUAGGGACCAUGGAGCAGCUGUACCUGGAUGUAGCUGUGACGCAGACUGAGAUAUACAAAGGCAAAACCACACACUUGGAGCUUUCAAAGUCGGCGUUCAUGAGCAACUUGGCCCAACUGGUCCCCAUGCCAGACUGCAACCAAUCACCACGUAACAUGUACCAGUGUCAGAUGGGUAAACAAACCAUGGGCACUCCCAUACAUACUUGGCAGACCAACGCCGAGACAAAACUAUACAGACUGCAGACCCCGGCUUCACCUCUGUUCCGGCCUACGCACUACGAUAAUAUUGGAUUAGAUGACUAUCCUAUGGGCACCAACGCGAUUGUAGCCGUCAUUUCAUACACGGGUUACGAUAUGGAAGACGCGAUGAUCAUAAACAAGUCAGCUUACGAGCGCGGCUUCGGAGCCGGAUCCAUCUACAAGUCAGACUUCAUCGAGCUCAAGACCCCGGGCUCGUACUUCCAGCGAGACCCGAGCAAGCCCGAGCUCAGUCCGUAUAUUGACGAAGAUGGAUUACCCGCGGUCGGAGCUAGGGUUCGGACUGACGAUCCUUUCUACUGCUUCUUCGAUGCUGAGAAGAACCAGUACAGUGUGCACAAGUACUCGGGCAAAGAAGAAGUGUUUGUGGACAGCGUGCGACUGUGCGGUACCUUUGCCACGCGGUCCGUGCUCGCUAAGGCUUGCAUUAUGCUUAGGAUACAGCGUAACCCAACAGUGGGCGAUAAGUUCGCCUCUCGAGCUGGCCAAAAAGGCAUCUGUUCCCAGCGCUGGGCGGCCGAAGAUCUGCCCUUCACGGAGUCCGGUCUUAUCCCGGACAUUAUGUUCAACCCGCACGGCUUUCCUUCUCGGAUGACCAUCGCCAUGAUGAUCGAGUGCAUGGCGGGGAAGGCUGCCAGCAUGCAUGGACAUGUACACGACGCAACGCCCUUCCGUUUCAACGAGAAAGACACCGCCAUCAACUACUUCGGGCGCCUGCUAGAAGCUGGCGGCUACAACUACUACGGCACCGAGCGCGUUUAUAGCGGCGUGGACGGACGAGAGAUGACGGCGGAUAUCUUCUGCGGCGUCAUACACUACCAGCGGCUGCGGCAUAUGGUGUCCGACAAGUGGCAGGUCAGAACAACAGGCGUAGUGGACGCUCUCACCAGACAGCCUGUCAAAGGUCGUCGCCGCGGUGGUGGCGUGAGACUUGGAGAGAUGGAGCGCGAUGCGUUGUUGUCUCACGGCGCAGCCUUCCUACUCCAAGAUCGAUUGUUCCAUUGCUCGGAUAAGAGCGAGGCGGUGCUAUGCACAUCGUGCGGAACUCUCCUAGGCCCAGUGGCGGGCGCACAGCGCGAUGCUUGCCGACUGUGCGCACGCGGCGCGCUCGUGACUAUAGCCAUUCCAUACAUCUUCAAGUACUUCGUUACGCAACUGGCUGCUGUCAAUAUCAACGUGCGGAUAAAUACUGGCGCUUUACCCGCCAUUAAAGCGGCAUAGACAAUAAAAAAGUUGAUGUGACAUUGGCGAAACAGUGUGGUCACAGAGGCGAAAUAACAAAUUCGCCAUCAAGAAAAGAAGAUGGAAGCGUUAUAUGAACUUUUCUCAAGUUUUUUUAUUCGGAAGAACGGCUGGCCUGUGGGUCUAGACAAAGUGCAAAUUAUAAUCGCAAACCAGUCGAAAAGUGGUCGAAAAACCCCUUUUUUGUAUGGAUUUUUGACGGAUUCGAUUUUCGAUUCGUUCAAAAAGUGCGUUUUGUCUAGGGGGGCUGGUUACCCCUAUGCGACGUCACUCGCAGCAAAAGCAGGUUAUAGACAAUACCUUUGACGUUCACAACUUUAGAAUACGGUGUUCUAUAGCUGGUACCAUGAGAAUAUUUAAGUGCCUUUAUUAUUUAAAUCGCCUUUACAUUUGACGAAAAUAACGUCUUACUAUUUAAAUAGAUGACAUAAAUUGAAAUUAUCAAUCUAGUUUUAGUUUUAAAAAGAAAAAUCCUUUAUUAUUUAAGAUUUAUAUCAUCUAUUAAAAUAUAUCUUGUUUUGCAAUCAUUGUCAACUGGGUAAAACAAUAAAACAAAUUAUGAAAGAUAAAAAUCAUCUUUAUUUCUAAAAUAUAUGCCGUUAUUCUGAAACAAUAUCCAAAGUUGAGGCUGUAAUAGUAUACUAGCGACCCGCCCCUGCUUCGCAUAGAUACCUAAAAAAACCGCAUUAAAAUCUUUUGCG